CAGAUGGCAGGUAGGUGGAGCGGGAAUUGAAAAAAAGUGAAACUUCACAAGUUAAUUUUUCUAGUUUUUGUUGAAAUUUUACUUUUAUUAUCAAGUUUUAUUGUAAUUUCCGUAUUUUCAACUGUUACUAUAGUUUCCCUCCGUCGUGUAUGCCAAAGCCUCCGAUCAAAACACGUUUCGAAUCGCGUAAUUUGGUUAAUUGACCCGUGCAUAAAAAAUGUGUUAUGUUUAUGUUUUGAACAUUGCAAUAACAUCAUUCUUUUUUGGAUGCUAAAAGGGCCAGUUUCCGAAUAUAAAUCCAGAUUUCACAAGAACUUUACCAGCAUUGAAUACUAUAUUAGGAAGUUAGUAUUCUUAGAUGGAACUGAAGUAUGUGCAACGGCUUUAAGGGACUGAAACCCAUCUCAUAUUGUUAGUCAAUUUUAGAUACAAUGCAUCGUCACAAAUCAGCGCCUAAAACUCGUACAAAUACUAAAUCAACAAUCAUUAGUAAGGAGGGCCUUCCACAUAGGCUGUCUUCAUUAUGAGUGGCAAAGAGCAACAGCUGACCAAUGAGGGCGCAUUCGAUCACACCUCCCCCCGUCCUCCGGUCAUCGGGGAAGAGAAGAGUCACUUCUUAUCCGAUUGGGGCAUGGAAGCAACCUCUACCUCCAAGCAGUAUGCAGAGGAUGUCUUUCGGUUUUCCAAACCGAGUUCACCACUUCCAAAAAGGAAUCUCACGCUUCCUAUUAACCCAUCCACCUCCUUUUCGGAGAUGACAGGGUCUUCCUGCAGGGCUUCCAGCAACCUUCCGGGCGGCGGUCGAUCACCUCCACCAUGCCUAAGGUGGGCCCAUUCCCUUCAUGCCUUAUUGCAGGAUGGGGAUGGCGUAAAGUUAUUUCGACAGUACUUAGAAUCGGAAGGCAAGCAACAUUCUAAUGCGUUAGACUUCUGGUUCGCCUGCGAGGGGCUGCGAAAGCAGCAAGGAGUGGAAAAAAUAAUGCAGCUUGUUAAACUAAUUUAUAAGAAAUUUUUUGUUAAGUCCCAACUUCCAGUACCUGAGGAGGUGCGAAAAGAAAUAGGAAAAAUUGUUAAGUCUUCCCAGUGCCUUGAUCCUCCGGUGACGCUUUUCGAUCAAGUGCAAGCUCAGAUCGAGCACUUGAUUGUUACGACUACUUACCCUAAUUUUUUGAAGAGUGAAAUGUACCUGCAAUACGUUGAGAAUGUACAAAGUACGAGUAGUAGUGGCAGCAGUAGCGAUUUUAGCAGCGGCAAUGAUCUAUCUAAUAUGGCCAGUGGAUUGGAUCCUCUACCUACAUUGCAUGAAGAUAUGGAGUUAAUUAUGAAUCCGCCAGUUCAUAUGAGUCAUACUUCAGGCAGCCUAAGUACCGGCCACCAUACUCCUAACAUCGCCUCUGGGGCGAUGCGGUUAACCAAAGAUGUCUUACUGUUAUCGCAAAAUCGUCGGGCAGUGGAUCUUACUAAAUCUGAGACGUUCGCGAAUAUGUUUGUAUAUCGUGGUGGUGCGGGCGCACAUGCCGCGUACAAUUCGUACAAUCCGGUCUCAAGGCAAGACAGCGAACUGCACAGUCUCAGUAGCCACUCGCAUUCCGACGCCAGGACGGAAUCGGAUCACAUGUCUAUGACCGACAGUUCUAUCGACGGACGUUCUUUGGGCCGUACCUCGCGCCGUCAAGCGGCCCUGAACAGAGAAGUUCAUAUGAACCAAGUGGUGAUUCCGCGAACCCAGUGGGUGGAUAAAUCCCGUUGCGUCCCGAUGGAACCGCACAAAUUUGCCUCAAUGCUCAUAGAAAAAUUAGAAAUGGUGAAAAAAGACAGAGAUACUCAGGAGUUAUUGGAAAAGAAAUUAAGGGAGAACGACACGUUCCCGAGCAUAAGUGAUCCAAAUAUAAGAGAAAAACUCCUGUUAGAUGACGAGAACGACCAGUCGAUCUUAGACGAUCAUGUUUCCUUAGUUUUUCCAGACACCCCUGCAAGAAGUCCGGGGAUUACUUCGCCACAUAAAAACAGACAUUUGGCGCCACCACCUAGAAGGAGAAAAGAUGGAUCAGUAUUCAGCAACGAUUCGGGCAAUGUGCAUGACUUCGCUGAUGGGUCGGAGCACAAAUUUAACAUGGUCAAAUCGAAAAGUAUGCCCGAGUAUCCUGAUGAACGGUUUGUUCGGGGCGCUGUUAGCAGAAGGUCUUCUUCGAAGAAAACUUUGGCAGACCAGGGAGAUAGUGGCGUUUCGGUGGUUUCAGAUAGCACAGCAAUGCCUCUUGUAAACAACAACAGGGUUUUGGCAUGGUUAAUGUCCGGCCAUAACGACAUGUCUGUUAAACAACGAAGUGGAAAUUACAGAACUAGUAGUGCCACUUCACCCAUUUCUAACAGGCAUAAAAAAGGUUUUGGUUCGCGGUCGAGCUCAGUUGAGAGAAAUAGUGCGACCGGCGGGAAUUUGGUUCCAGCGCAGCCGUUUGUGGCCGAUCCGUCGAAACCUCCCAUGCAGAUGCCGAAUACUCUUACUCAACUUGAGGAGGCGAGAAGGAGGUUAGAGGAUAACGUAAGGACGAGAUCCAAACAAAGGUCGUCUUCAAACCGCCAUUUCGCCGAACCCACCCAAAGCAGUCAAUCGACGCUCAGGAAGUCGCAACAGCAUAAUGCGAGGCCUUCAUUGCCGGUGGCUCCGCCAGCUGAUGAAUUUACUAUAGUCGUUUUCUCUUUUUGCGAAGAACAAUUUCCAUACAGGACGAAAAUUCCUGGGGCGCAGAUUACUCUUAAGCAAUUUAAGGAUUAUUUGCCUAAAAAGGGAAACUAUCGAUAUUUCUUCAAAACGGUUUGCGAAGAACUAGGCAAUCAAGUAAUCCAAGAAGAGGUGAGCAACGACAGUGAUAUACUUCCUCUGUGGGAAGGAAAAAUAAUGGCUCAAGUAAAGCCUAUCGACUGAUAUUUUAAUUAAUUUUCGUUUUAGGAUUUUUGUUUUUGUUAAAUACGUACGGUCAUCGAUAUUUUAAUUUUGAACAAAAAUUGAAAUUGGUCAAUAACGCCGCAAUUGAAAAGCGGUUUCUAAUCGAAGCAAUAACUAAUAUUUAAAAACCAAUGAAAAUUUUUUUUUAAAAUAUGCGCAUUUCUUUCACUGCCAUUUAAAUAAUAUAUAUUUAUCGUUGCACUUGGGCCUAUAACGUAGUUACAAAAAUGCCUAUGCGUUUACCACUUGCCUAAAAAUCGCACAUUGUUGUAAGAUAGAUUAUAUAAUUUUAUGUAAUAAUGUUUUACUGUUGACAGAUGAAUUGGUCUGUCUGUCAAAAAAAAGUGACAUUUGACAAGUAGUUUUGCGCCUUAUUGGUUUAAAACUUCAAUUUUUAUAGUAGUUUGGUAGAUCUGAUUUUUAAGUUCUAACAUAUUGUUUCGCUCGCACAAGGUAUAUAGUGUAGGUGCAUGAGAAGAAGUGCCUUUUAAAAUUUAUACUUAAAAUAUAAAUAAUCAUAUUGACGACUAUAAAAUAUAUUAGGGCAGCUUUUUGUGUUUUUUUUUUAAUUCAAUCUAAACUGAAUAUACCUCAUUUUCACGUAUUUUCAACACUUUGUUCGAUUUAUAUUUUACUUAAAUAGUACGUAAUCAAAUUUUAUAUAAUGCUUUUGUCAUUCAAAACCAACAUGUACAUUUUAUUUGUAACAUUUUGUCAAUUUAUUUUAUUUAUUCAAUGUCAUAGGUUAGGCUUUAACUCUUAUUUAUUGUAAAUAUUAUUUUAUUUCCUCCUAUAGAUGAAUUAAUAGUUAUUUUUAUACACUACUUUUGAAGAAAAGUAAGGCAGUAUUUUAGUGAGGUGCCAUAUAAAAUAUGUGGUGCAUUGUGUAAAAGGAAUCCAAAUAAAUGUACACUCUUUGUCACCAGUGGAAAAUAAAGUUAGUAUUUUAUA